GGACAUCUACAGGGGAGAGGACAGGGGGCGCCGUGCCUGAGAGUCAUGGAAAGGGGAAUGUUGGCCUGCUCCUUCCACGCACACAAAGAAAAGGAAGCCAUGUUGAGGAGCGAGAUGUGGCUCUUGAGGGAAAAGCCUCUGGUGUUCCUCAGAUGUGCGAGACGAGAUGGCUCUCGCUUAUUAAGCCAUCCCCGAGGCCUCUUGUGACUUCUCUCUCAAUUAUAAGGGUUCUCUCUUAUCAAACUCCAAGUGCAAGAUGUCAGCUGGAAGGAAGGGAAGGCAUUUCCCGACAGAACUUUCUCUCGGGUUCAGCCUUGGAGAACUUCACGGGAGAUUCGUGUCUGAGAGAAAUAAAUAAAGGCACGAAAAGAAAACGUUGCAGAGUGAUUCAUAUGACUUGCUACAGCUAACGUUUAAAACUCCCGGGUUGACGAGUGUGUUGAGAGGUAUUAAGCACACUCAGCAAAAUGCAGGCUGUUCAGCAGGCUGCAACUCAGGGGGCGCAUAUUAUCCAGACAGCUGGUGGGCAGCUUAUGCUCCAGACAGUUGGAGGGUCUGGUUCAAUACAGGUUGCAUCUGCUAAUGGUCAACAGCUACAACAGAUACAAGUUAUACCUGCCUCAGGUCUUCAGCAGAGUGGAAACCAUGUCAUGGUGCAAGGAGGAGGGUCAACCCAGCAAGCACAGAUCAUCCAGACUUCAGAUGGACAGGCACUCGUUUACCCCAUUCAAGUGGACAGUCAAGGCAACAUCAUCCAACAGCAGCCAACAGAUGCACUGAAUAUUUCAGGCAACCUAAUCCAGCUAGCACAAGCAUCCACUUCGCAAGCAUCUCAAACAGGAUCAGUACAACAGAGCCCACAGACAACCCAACAGACUGCGCAAACAGCUCAGACCAACCUUGCAAAUGUUGUUAUGGUUGGCAAUGGAAGUGUUGCACAGUUGCAACGAAUUCCGCUUCCUGGUCCUGAGUUGCUGGAGGAGGAACCACUUUAUGUUAAUGCUAAGCAAUACAAUCGGAUAUUGAAGAGAAGACAAGCAAGAGCAAAGCUUGAAGGAGAGGGUCGCAUACCAAAGGAACGUAAAAAAUACUUGCAUGAAUCUAGGCACCGACAUGCAAUGAACAGAAUACGAGGAGAAGGUGGUCGGUUCCAUAAAGGACAUGCCAAUAACAACUGCAUUAAUAACAACUCAGACACAAACCACUCGAGAGAAGACAUGAUGGACAACCUAGGAGGAUUGGGUCUACAGAAUGGAAUGGAUGAGCUGAUAACAGGUGAUACUGUUCAGACCAGAGUUCCUGAUACUAAGGUGUUUGUUAGCUGAGAUAACAUGUGUCCUUCUGAUUUGAAUUCAGAAAUAAGUUGAUGUAUAUGUCCAACUUUUAGAACAAAGUACUUAUCUGCUGAAGUUUAAGAGAGGACCAACAGGCAGAAGAUGUGACACUCAAUUAGGAGCUGUAGUCUCUUGUGUUUCAGUUGUAACUUCUAACUGAAAAGUUUGCAGAGAACUACUAUCUCCAUUUGCCAGGGCUUACCUGUGAGAAUAACUUGUGCCAGUGAACUAUUUUAAGCUGCCAGUUACCAUGAUUGACUGAGUUAGAAUCUAUUGCAAAAUCUUGAAUAUAAGGAAAUGUUCAGUACUUAAGACAAAGGCAUCUUUCAUUUAGUUUUUAAGUUCUCUUCCUGUGGAAGUUCCAUAGUUUAUUCACUACUGUGCUACUGCAGUCAGAGCAGUACCUCAUUAUUUAAUAAAAAUACAUAUAUAUAGAAAAAACAUGAUAGCUGAUUAAAACUAAGGAUGAUCUUUUAGUUUGAAUGAAAAUUGCCUGAUAUGGGAAGGUAGUAAAACCAUCCUUUUAUUUUAAUUUGUGGACACUUGUAAAUAUGUACAGUUUUUAGGACAGGAUAUGUUUUAAGUUCCACAUACCCUUUUUUCCACCAUUGAAUUAUCCUGCCUAUUGUACAUACAUGUUCUCACAUUGUCUCAAUGCUACAACUGUUCUUGGUGAAGUUUUCGUAUUUAUCUUGUAUGUAGACCACUACAUGAUUGUCUGGCAGGUUCUAAAAUGGUAAAAUACAAAUGGGAUUAUAUUUUCUUUAGCAAUAGUCAGAUGCAAUGAAUUCCAUGCCCAAAGUAUUUUUAUAGUUUUUUUGUAAUCAGUGUUUGUAUUUAAUGUUAUUCUUUUGUUCACUUGCAGAAGUUCUAUUUUUGAAGCACUUUACCAAGGUCUGUGAGGCAAUCAGUUCCUGACAGUGUAAAGCUUCUGAAGUUUUCAUUCUGUACAUAUCUUGGAAAUAAAAGAGAAAUGUGCUAAAAUCUUUGUGUACAGAAGAUAAGGCCAAUUCCUUUUCAUAUCCUUUAAACUAUAUUUCACUGGAAAAAAAGAGUGUCCUGUUGUGUUGGUUAUGCAUUCACUGAUUUAUGAAAUGAAGUGUGCCAAUAAAAUGAAUCACGGCAGUAUCAUACUGCACUUGAAUACAUUUCAGUCGUCUUGCAAGUCCAACUUGUUAGAUUUUUUUUCUUUUGUAAUAAAAUGUUGUUCUAACGUUUUGGUUUUAUUGAAUAUUGGAAAUUUACCAUUACAAAGUCAUAUUUGAACAUGACUAUUUACAACCUUUGUACAAUAUACAGUAAGAACUCCUGCUCUCAACAUAACACCAGCUACAAAGUGAUAUACUGUAUAAUGGGUCAAUUUUGUAAACCUACAAAAUCUUGAUGUAUAUAUAUAUAUAUAUA